UAACUAUUGAAAUGCCUUUUGAUUAAAUAAACAAUAAGCACCGAUUAGGAAUUUCCUUGCAUAUAUUCUCUUUUUUUAAUCAUUUCGCCCAUGUGAGAUUGAUAAAAUACUCUGAGCUCUACAUAUAUCACGCUUGAAAGAAGCUUCAAGCACCCGCCCUCUCCAAGUCUAGGUCUAUAGCCAUAUCCUUGCAAGUUGCAAACCAUCACAAAACCGUGCGGUCAAGUUCAUCGGAGAACUCUCAUCAAAGACACACUGAGAAAGUGUUUGAUACAAGCUUGACGCAAUAUCCGCCGUUUCAUUUAGAGGAAAAUGGAUGUUGGUUACCAUAAAUCUUUUGAAAGCUCGUUUGAGUCGGCUGACACAACAGGGAAAGUCAUCACUUGCAAAGCUGCUGUAGCAUGGGGUCCUGGACAGCCUCUUGUCAUGGAAGACGUUCAAGUCGCUCCCCCUCAACAGAUGGAGGUCAGGGUCAAAAUCCUCUUCACUUCAAUCUGUCACACGGAUCUCAGUGCUUGGAAAGGCGAGAAUGAAGCUCAGAGAGCAUAUCCUCGAAUUCUAGGCCAUGAAGCUUCAGGAAUCGUUGAGAGCGUUGGUGAAGGUGUUGAAGACAUGAAAAAGGGUGACCAUGUCAUUCCUGUCUUCCAAGGACAAUGUGGCAAGUGCAUCUGCUGCAGAAAUGAGAAAACUAAUCUCUGCCAAAGGUUUGGAGUGAAUCCAUUGAAAAGCGUGAUGGUAAAUGAUGGCAAGACAAGGUUUUCAACCAAGGAUGGGAAUCCCAUAUUUCACUUUCUCAACACCUCCACUUUCAGCGAGUACACUGUUCUUGAUUCUGCCUGUGUUGUCAAGAUCGAUUUUGAGGCCCCCCUUGAGACAAUGAGCCUCUUGAGUUGCGGCGUCUCCACCGGAGUUGGAGCUGCUUGGAAUGUAGCCAACUUGCAACCCGGAUCAACCGUGGCAAUCUUUGGUUUGGGUGCCGUGGGACUCGCUGUAGCUGAAGGAGCGAGAGCAAGAGGAGCAUCAAAAAUAAUAGGUGUUGAUAUCAACCCUAACAAAUUUGCCAAAGGCAAAGCCGUGGGAAUUACAGAAUUCAUUAACCCAAAGGAUCUAGGAGUGCCGGUGCACGAGAGAAUUGGGGCUAUGACUGAUGGAGGUGUAGACUACAGCUUUGAGUGUGCGGGAAACCUUGAAGUUCUCCGCGAGGCAUUUUUGUCCACCCAUACGGGAUGGGGACUGACUGUACUAUUGGGAAUUCAUCCAAGCCCAAUGUUGCUGCCUCUGCAUCCAAUGGAGUUGUUCAAUGGGCGUCAAAUCAUAGGAUCGAUCUUUGGAGGCUUCAAAGGCAAAACCCAGCUACCAAAGUUUGCCAAACAAUGCAUGUGUGGGACCCUAAACCUAGACGAGUUUAUCACGCAUGAGCUUCCCUUCGAGAAGAUAAACGAAGCCUUUCAACUGCUAAUUGACGGGAAGUCACUUAGAUGCCUUUUGCACCUCUAAGCUUUUUCACAGAAUGCUGGCAUCCGUUGGACAUGGCAACCUCUGUUUCGGAAAUCACUCACAGCGUGCUUGCAACAAUUACAUGUUUAUCUUGUAUAAUGGAAACCCUUAUGCAAUAAUAUAGUUGUUCACCACUAAAAUAAAUCAGCCAUGCAAUAAUAUAGUUGUUCACCACUACAAUUACAUGUUUAUCUUUUUAGUUCUCUUAACAAACUUACGUGCCAGUCAUAUCCUGUGCACCUUGAAGCGAAGAAAUUUCAUGCACGUUACUCUGUAGAUCGCA